GUCUAACCUAACAAUUUUUAGAAUUCAGUGAAAAAUCUAGUUUUCUCUGGCUGAGUUCAUAUGAAUAAAUUGUAUGAUACUAAGCCAAUUGGCAUCCCAAGUUCAAGUCAGUACACAACAGAGAGAGAGAAACAGAAGGGAGAAAAUGGAAAGUGAAGCAAAGCUAAGGCGGAAUUAUGAAGUACCAAAGCUUCCAUUACUUGCAAUUACAGCAAUGGAGUCUCCAGAUCGUUCUGGAAUGCUAACCCCACCAAUCUUUUCCUCAGUUUCAGUCCCAUUUCGAUGGGAAGAAGAACCUGGCAAGCCCAGGUUCUGUUUCAAUUCUCUUAACAUACCCACUCAAACUCAAACUCAAACAAACUCCCUUGAACUUCCACCAAGAUUGUUACUAAUGGAUCCCAAAAUCCCAAAACUCUCUCCUCGCAUCCCCUCUCAAAAAGGGUUUUUCCAGUUUCAUAAGCACUGUUGUAGCUCAUUCAGAUUUCACAAAACUCAGCUUGGAGCUAUGGUUUUGAGAAAGAGAGGAAUGUUAAUUGAGAAGGAAUGGUUCUGUUGGUGGAGAAAAUUGAAUUUUAGGAGAAAAGGGGAAGUUGGGUCUGACUAUGCUGCUGUAUUUCCUUCUUCUUUGGAUAAGGAGAGAAGCAGUUCAAGGAUGAAAGUUGCUGUGACCCAGAAAGGUGGGAGCUUUUCUUCUUGUUUUGUCCAAGCCAAGACUGAGUUUUGGGGAAACAUAGGGGAAGGGUUUAAACAGAUUAACAUUCCAUGGAAGAGCAAAAAAGCAUAAGAAAGAGCACGGGAAAAUCAUUAGAAUGUUAAUGAAUAAAACCGAGUUUAGCUUGUUGUAAUGUAAAUGCAUCAAAUAAUUGUAAUAUGGAGGAGAACUGAUGACUUAGUUAAUGGCUGAGAUCUUAUGUAUUUGAUAUUCUUGUACAGAAAUAAUGUUAUGAAUCAUACGGCUUUAUGAAUUGAAUCAUCAUUUGUUUUCGACAA